AUGAGUGCUACCGAGAGAGGUGACGGUGCACAAGCGAAUUGGGGCGUGGAUGCAGUGGCUGCUGCUGAUGCUGCUGAUGCUGCUGCUGCUGCUGAUGAUUAUGACGGCAAUGAUGCGGGAAUGGGCGAACGAAAUGGAGUGAGGGUGAUGGUGAAAAGAAGAACGUGUAACCAUCAGCUGGAUCAUGACGCGUCGCUUUAA